AUGUGGGACGCCAUGUUCAAUAACUUUGGGCAAGAGUCCUUGGAUUCGCGGGGAAGCUCGUCAUGGCCAGGUGACGCGUCGGAAGGAGGCAACAGUCAAGACGCGUCAUAUCUGCGCAUGGACCACCUUCGCGACAGCGCAAUAAGAAAACUGAAAUUGACUCUCUUUCCGCACCACGACACCAGCUACGACAUAAUGCCUAAAGCUACGUCAGAUAAAUUCUCGCGGGCGCACCAGCCUGCCACUAAGAAGAAAGAAAGCCAACCCUCAGGAUCUAUGACUAACCCAAUCUUCAACACUGCGAGAUUCGGACAACACAUCCUCAAGAAUCCGGCUACAGCUCAAAAAAUUGUGGACGCCGCCAAUCUUAAGCCGACAGACAAAGUCAUGGAAGUUGGUCCUGGCACAGGAAACCUGACAGUCAAGAUCUUGGAACAGUCGAAACAUGUCACCGCCAUUGAGAUGGACCCACGUAUGGCUGCCGAGGUGAUAAAACGAGUUCAGGGAACACCCCAACAACGGAAACUUGAGGUUGUAAUCGGGGAUUUCGUCAAGGCCGACAUGCCCUAUUUUGAUGUCUGCAUCUCCAACACGCCAUAUCAAAUCUCAUCACCUCUUGUCUUCCGCCUGCUAUCACAUCGGCCGCUUUUCCGAGUUGCCAUUCUCAUGUUUCAGCGGGAGUUUGCGUUGCGACUUGUUGCACGACCUGGCACGUCGCUGUGGUCAAGAUUGUCGGCGAAUGUUCAGCUAUAUGCUAAAGUCGACAACAUCAUCAACGUCUCUCGAAACGACUUUAGACCACCUCCUCAAGUAGAAUCAUCCGUCAUCCGCCUGGUUCCCAUUGACCCUCCUCCCCCCGUCAAAUUUGAAGAGUUCGAUGGCAUGAAUCGCAUCAUUUUCUCUCGUCCAAACAAGACAGUUCGAGGCAACUUCCAGGCGAAGGGGGUGAUGAAGCUGUUGGAGCAGAACCGGUCGACGUGGUUAUCAGUGCAAGAGAUGCCUGUCGAUGAUGAUAGACCGAUCUCCAAAAUCGUCGACGAUGUCCUGGCGGAGCUGGGUCAUACUGAAAGCCGAGCGGCCAAGAUGGACGUAGAUGAUCUACUGAAACUCUUGGCUGCGUUCCAUGAGGUUGGAAUUCACUUUUCGUGA